AUGGUCUCUAAAGCUGUUACUCGAGCUACCAAGUCCGAAUUACCUAUAGACCCGCUACGAGUCGUCGCCAAGGAAAUGAAACAUUUAACAGGGAAUAUACGACAGCUUUUGGGUUCGGGACAUCCUUCUUUAGAUCGAGUCGCAAAAUAUUAUACACAAUCCGAAGGAAAACAUGUGCGGCCUUUAAUAGUUUUACUUAUGUCAAGAGCUACCUCAUUAUGUCCUAAAGCUCCAGAGUCUUCUUCGCCGCAUACAGUACCUGUCACGAUAGACUCUUCAAUAUCUCCCCUCAGUGUCCUUGCCGAUGCCAACCCCUCCUCACCCCACGCCGACUUCUCGUCGCAACCCGGCUCAGACAGUGAUGUCCUUCCCUCCCAGCGCCGACUAGCCGAGAUUACAGAGCUCAUUCAUACCGCGUCGCUCCUUCACGACGAUGUUAUAGAUCAUUCUGUCUCACGUCGAGGGUCUCCUUCCGCCAACUUCGAAUUCGGAAAUAAGAUGGCUGUUUUGGCUGGCGAUUUUCUUCUGGGGAGGGCCUCCGUUGCUUUGGCCCGGCUGCGCAACGCCGAGGUUGUGGAGCUCUUAGCGACGGUGAUCGCAAACCUAGUCGAAGGCGAAUUCAUGCAGUUGAAAAACACAGCGCGCGACGAGCGGAACCCCAAAUGGUCCGAGGAAAUAUUUACUUACUACCUGCAAAAGACAUAUCUUAAGACGGCUAGUUUAAUUUCCAAAUCGUGCCGCGCGGCCGCGCUUCUCGGUCGAGCAGACGCGGCCACUGUUGAGUCUGCCUACUCCUACGGAAAGAAUUUAGGUCUCGCGUUCCAAUUAGUAGAUGAUAUGUUGGAUUAUACCAAAUCCGGGAGUGAUCUGGGGAAACCUGCCGGAGCCGAUUUAGAGUUAGGUCUUGCGACCGCGCCUUUAUUAUUUGCGUGGAAGACGACACCCGAGUUAAGUGUAUUGGUUGGGAGGAAGUUUGGACAAGAGGGCGAUGUGCAAAGGGCGCGGGAGCUAGUCUACAAAAGCGAUGGAAUUGAGCAGACGAGAGCGCUCGCAGAGGAUUAUUCACAACAAGCUAUCGCGGCCCUUAAAGACUUCCCGCAUAGCGAGGCGAAAGAUGGCCUCAUAGAAAUGGCUAUGAACACGUUAAAACGCCAAAAGUAA